GAAUGGCUAAGGUUGUUCUUACUCAUACAUUUGAAGAGAGAGAUAGAGAAUUACAUGUACAUCUACAUAAAGAUAUAUACUUCUCACGAAUUAGUCAACAAGUAUAACUGCUAUUUCAUCCAAGAAAACUGCUUUAUUCAAUUAAAAGUGAGUAAUUUUAAAUUUUAAAUUUUAAAUUUUAAAUUUAGACUGUAGCUAUAUCGGAGUGAUUACAAUCGGAGUUUAUAUCCCGAAACAGGCGAAAUGUAUACUAUAUAAUUUAUUGCAGGUUUAUUUUAUUUUUAUAUUUAUUUAGCUCUUCGCGCUCAGGUACAUUAAUGCCUGGGUCUCAGUUUGUGUAUUUAGCGAAAAUAGACAAAAAUCAUGAAAAAAUAAGUAUGGCCUUGAUUAUUACCAUUCAAGUUUUAUAUGAUUUAUCAAAGGAGAUUCUAAAAAUUGUCAGUUUUCUAGUCAUAUGUUUGAAAUUGACAAAACUUCUGAAAAGGGUUGAAAAACCAUGAAAAAAGCCACGAUUCGCAACUGUCCAAUAGGUUCCUGUCCAAUGUCGUAAAAUAUUGGAUCGGCACGUGACCCUCUCAACGAUUACUGAUUGGUUUAGUGCGUGUGAGUGUAUAAUAAAUAUAUUUAUAUAUAUUUAUAUUAUUUCCAUGCAGUUUGAAGUAAAUAUAUUUGUGUCUUCACUUUCAGCCUGGAUAUGACGCGUCUACCACUUGUCAGCUUUCUUUGUUUGUUAACAAUUUUGGAGAUUUCUGCUGCAAAAACUGA